UUCCGUUUCCCCCUCCAGCGGGUGACGUCAGGGAGCCUGCCGGCCUGCGCGUGACGUCAGAUCCCGGGCGAGGCGGGCGGGGCCGGGCGGAACGGCAGAGCCGCUGAGAAAAUGGCCGUGAAUGUGUAUUCCACCUCUGUGACGAGUGAUAACUUAAGCCGACAUGACAUGCUCGCCUGGAUCAACGAGUCGUUACAACUAACUCUAACCAAGAUAGAGCAACUUUGUUCAGCUGUUCCAACAACGGAUGCAAUGACAUUCAAGGAAGAGAGUCAUCCAGUUUGGUGGCAGGUCUUUCUGGAGAGCAGCCUCAACUAUGACUUUCAGAAGUUCUUUAUAAUACCUGUGGACAAAUUAGUGAAAGGGAAAUUCCAAGACAAUUUCGAAUUUGUUCAGUGGUUCAAGAAAUUCUUCGAUGCCAAUUACGAUGGAAAGGACUACGACCCCGUGGCAGCUCGGCAAGGCCAUGAGACUUGUCCCGCCCCGGCUCUGGUGGUCCCGAUACUGAACAAACCCAAGAAGAACCUGGGCUCCGGUGGCACGGCCCCGACGCGGCCCAUGGUUGCACAACGGACAACAGUGGCGAAUAAACCGGGGCCUCCAAUGAUCAAAAAGGCUCCUGGGGGAAUCGGAGAGGAGGAAUCGGCCGAAUUAAUACAGCAGAUCAACGCAUUAAAGAUAACCGUGGAAGAUUUAGAAAAGGAACGAGAUUUCUACUUCGGGAAGCUGAGGAACAUCGAGCUGAUCUGCCAGGAGAACGAAGGCGAAAGUGAUCCGGUCCUCCAGAGAAUCGUGGAAAUACUUUAUGCUACAGAUGAAGGCUUCGUGAUACCCGAUGAAGGAGCCCCUCCGGAGGAGCAAGAGGAGUAUUAAACGGCCCCACCGACGUUUACCAGCCGAACAGCAGCAGUCCGAAGCCCGAAAUCUUUGCCCCAAUCAUGUGCUUAUCUGUAAAAUACUCUCGUUUUAUUCUUAGAGGACUUAAACUGGUUUCUUUUCGAAAGUAAAAAAA